AUGUCCCCUUUUACUAUUCUCCUUUUCUUGACUACAGUGACAGCGAAGUGUGUCAUCCCAUCAAAUGAUCAAUGUGGAUAUAUUAGGAGUGAGUGUGGGGAUAUUCCCGUCUUAAUAAAUUAUUUAGAAUUGUUAUAUUGCCACAAUUGGUUUUAUCCCAUACUGGCUUUCAUGGUAUUGGGUAUUGUGGUCAUCUUUUAUUUACUUUCGAUAUCUUCCGCUGACCACUUUGUCCCGAUAUUAACUCUCUUAAGUAAACACUUGUCAAUGAGUGCAGACCUUGCUGGGAUCACUAUACUUGCUAUCGGAAAUGGCGCACCCGAUGUAUUUAGUACGUUUGUUGCUAUUUUCAACACGGGAGAUUUCCACUUAGCAACUGCUGAAGUGAUUGGGUCCGGGUGUUUUGUGAGUUGUGUUGUUGUCGCCUCAAUAGUAUUAGUGAACGACAAUAUACAGAUGCCAGAGACGUUAAUCCAUAAUAUCAGUUGUUACAUAGUUUCAUUAUUGUUUGUCUUCUUAAUAUGUUCAUUAGGAAGUGUAGGUCUUAUACACUCAAUUGUAUUCAUUCUAAUAUAUCUACUUUACGUCAUCUUUAUUGGAUAUAUCACACGAGGAAAGCCACUUAUUAAAGUUUCCGAGCAACUUGAUUCAGAGUCUCGAUUUAUAGACUCUGAAGAUGAAAACAGUGGAGUAGCCAAAGAACUUAUUCAAACCACUGACAGAAAUAAUGAUGAAGAAAAGGGGAAGUUUAAUUUAGUCAAUGAAAGCGAUAGAACAGUCAUUCCUCAAAGACAAAAUAUCAUCGAACAAAUCGCCGUUGCCAAUUACUUUAACAAGUUCCUAUUGAUCAUCUCAAUUCCGUUUCAAGUUGUGAUGGAGUACACGACACCACAUAUAUCUGAUGAUAAAAAGGUACUUUUAAUAUCAUAUGUGUUUUCUCCAUUACCGUUCUGUGUGGUGUUUGGUCUUCCUCUCAAGUUUCUUAUUAUACCAUUCAUUAUAUCUGCUGGAUUUGUUAUUGUUUUACAUUACACAAAAACGGAUAUACCUGUGAUGAUUACUAAUAUAUAUGGUUUUGUUAUUAGUGUAUUAUAUAUCUACAUAUUUGCAAGUGAAUUGGUAUCAUUAUUACAGUCCAUUGGUGUUGCAAUGCGUGUCGACUCAUCGCUUCUUGGAUUAACUGUUUUGUGUUGGGGAAAUUCAAUAGGCGAUUUUGUAUCCAACGUAGUUGUGAGUUCACAAGGAUAUUCAGAGAUGGGUAUUAUUGCGUCCUAUGGUGGACCGUGUUUCAACUUAUUGAUUGGACUUGGCAGUGGUGUCUUAGCUCGUUCGAUAAGAAACUUCCCACAGAGUCAAAACGUUGUUAUGACAGACACCAUAUUUUUCUCUCUUAUGUAUUUAAUUAUACAACUUUUGAUCACUCUUCUGAUCAUUACUCUCAAAGGAAAACUUACCAAGAAGUAUUCAUUCGUUCUCAUCGGCUCUUAUGUUCUUGUCUUGUCGUUUUCCGUGAUGUCUGCCUUCAACCUCUUCAAGUUAUUUGGGUAA